UAUAUUACUAAGCAGAUGGACAGCGAGCUGCUCACAUGCAAAUCAUUAUCAUGGAGGAAUGGUUGACCUUCAGUUUGAUAGCACUAUCCACGCUACUGGCACUUGGGCUUUUCAAGCUCUCCGGUGGUAAGAAGCAGGCGCUGCCUCCAGGGCCAUGGAGACUCCCCAUCAUCGGCAGCCUCCACCACGUUGUCAGCAUCCUCCCGCAUCGCACCAUGACAGAGCUGUGUCGCCGGCACGGACCGAUGAUGUACCUGCAGCUUGGCGAGAUCCCCACCGUGGUUCUCUCCAGCAAGGAGGCGGUGGGGCAGAUGAUGAAGGCCAGCGACCUCCAGUUCACGAAACGGCGGAUCACCGCUAUGCAGGACAUCGUCGGCUUUGGUGGCAAGGGCAUCACCUUCGCCCCUUACGGCGACCAUUGGCGACAAAUGCGCAAGGUGUGUGUCACGGAGCUCCUCAGUUCCAAGCAGGUGAGGCGCAUGGAGAGCGUCAGGGCCGAGGAGAUGGGCAGCCUCCUCCGCUCCAUGACAGCGUCAGCUGGCGCCACCGUCAACUUCAGCCAGAAGGUGGCGGCGCUGAGCAACGACGUCGUGGCACGGGCGGUCUUCGGCGGCAAGUUCAGCCAGCAGGAGGAUUUCAUCCACGCGUCCGACAGGAUCAUGGACCUGCUGGGAGGCUUCUUCCUCGUCGACCUCUUCCCAUCCUCGAGGCUCGUGCGGUGGUUGAGCAGCGAGGAGCGCCGCAUACAGAGCAGCCGCGACCUCAUGCAUCGCAUCAUCACCGACGUCAUCGACGAGCGCAAGGCUGUGCGAGCUGCCAGCAAUGGCGGCACCUGCGACGAGGGGCUGCUAGACGUGCUGCUCACACGCCAGGAGGAGGGCUCGCUCGAAUCCCCUCUAACCACAGACAUGAUAACCACCGUCUUGUUUGACAUGUUUGGAGCUGGUACUGAUACCACUUCAACAACUUUAGAGUGGGCUAUGUCGGAACUCGUCAACCAUGGAGAAGCUAUGGCCAAGGCACAGUUAGAGGUCCGUGAGGUGCUAGGUCCAGAACGAGCUAUCAUUGUCAGUGACGACCUUGCAGAACUCCACUACAUGCGGAUGGUCAUCAAGGAAACUUUUAGAUUGCAUCCACCUGCUCCUCUACUUAACCGCACGAAUGAAGUGGACUGCAAAAUUAUGGGUUAUGAUAUGCUUAAAGGUACGAAUAUAUACAUUAAUGCCUUUGCAAUUUCCCAGGAUCCUCAAUACUGGAACAAUCCUGGAGUUUUUAAUCCAGAGAGGUUUGAGAACAAUAACAUGGAUUACAACGGGACAUGCUUCGAAUUCACUCCUUUCGGGUUUGGGCGACGCCUUUGUCCAGGGAUAACAUUCGCCUCAUCAGUUUUGGAGAUGGCAUUGGCAAACUUUCUCUAUCACUUUGACUGGGUGCUUCCAGAUGGGGCCACCUCGGUGGACAUGUCCGAGAAAUUUGGGUUAAUUGUACGCAGAAGUUCUGACCUGCACCUAAGAGUUAUUCCACACCUAUGCUCCAAUGCUAUGGAGAUUUAAAUCUACCAUCAUGUACACGAGGAGGUCCAUUAUAUACGGCGUUUUGACCUUGAUGCGGACAUUGAAUAGGAGAGUUUCAUGGAAUAAUUGUUGUACCACACUAUUUUUCAUGUUGCUAUGGGCUAAGAUUAAAUUUUGUGGUUGUCGACUGCAUGG